AUGCAGCUAGGAGCAGAUGCAGGCGCAGGUACUGGAUCAACAACUGGUGCAGAUUCAACAGAGACAGAUUCAACAGAGGCAGUUAAACUGGACAAGGAGAUUAGGGAGCGGUUUUACGGGAAUUUGUUGAAUUCCUCUGCGCCUGAAAAUGGAGAAGGCAGUAUAGCCAAAAUGUUUGAUCGAGUUCUGGAGAAAGAGUUCUCCGAAAAUGAUCAGCCUGAAGGUUCUGAUGGAAGCAGCUUCAACAGCAGUGUAGCUGAUCAACAGGCUGUAUUGGAGACUGUAGCUAAAAUCACUCAUGAGAAGGCCAAGAAAAAUGAUACACAAGUGGCUAAUGGAACAAAAUCAUUCCAGUUUCCAAAUGUAUUUUCACUUGAAAAUGAAGAUUCUGAGGACAUGACAACUCUUAUUGACAAAAAGGACAAUGUAUUUGUGAUGUCAAACAAGAAAUCCAAGUACCCAAUACUUCAAGUAGAUUUGAGAUUAAUUUCAGAUCUGGUUGUUGUCAUAGUUUCUGCUGCCAUUGGUGGAAUUGUUUUUUCUUGUUUGGGACAGCCGGUCAUUGUGGGCUAUCUUCUUGCUGGUUCGAUUAUUGGACCAGGGGGUCUGAAAUUCAUUAGUGAGAUGGUACAGGUUGAAACUGUGGCGCAGUUUGGUGUUGUGUUCCUUCUUUUUGCUUUAGGGCUGGAGUUUUCUUUGACAAACUAA